AUGCUGUUGGCGCGGCGGGGGCGCGUCGCUCGCACGACCGCGGCGGCCGCUCAUGGCACCCAGCUGCCCGCCGCCGCACCUGUAUGUGCAGCCGGCCGCGCCCCCCGCAGCACGCGCAGCGGCCUCGCGGUCGUGCGCUUUGCGACCGACAGCGCCGAUGGCGAGGUUGACGUCGACGCCGCAGCGACCGCGCGCUUCCGGAUCACCACACCAGUGAGGUUUGGCGAGCACGUCCGCGUCGUGGGCGGCGCGCCCAGCCUGGGCUCGUGGUCGCCCGACGCCGCCCUGAAGCUCACCUGGUCGGAGGGCGACAAGUGGGAAGGCGCCGCGCAGCUGCCGGCUGGCCAGGACAUCGAGUUCAAAUUCCUGAUCUGCCCCGCGGCAGGGGCGCCCGCCUGGGAGCCCGGCGCGAAUCACAAGGCCGCGCUGCCCGAGGGGGCGGAAGCCGUGAUCGUGGCCGCGCGCUGGGGCGACGCGGGCAGCACACAGAUAACCCCGGACCCGCGCCCUGCGGCCGAGGCUGCGUUCGAGGCACCCGCAGCCGCACCCGCGCCGCCGCCGCCUGCUGCCGAGGCCGCGCCGGCGCCGGCGCCAGCGCCAGCCCUGGCAGCGGACACCCCUGUGGAGGACGCCGCAGAGGCCGCCGCUUUGCGCACCGAGGUGGCCCGUUUGAGUGAGGAGGCGUCCGCGGCGCAGGCAGCGGCGGCGGCGGCGGGGGCGGACGCGGCCAGGUGGCGCGACGCGGCCGCAGGGCUGGUGACGGGGCUGAGGGGGGCGAGGUUAGAGCUUUCAGAGGGCCUGGACGCGUUGAGGGCUGCGCAGCCGGGGCGCGCUGAGGCGCAGCUCACCAAGGCGCUGGCUGGCCUGGAGGGGCAGCUGGCGCGGCUCGUCGCGGCGGCGGAGGCCGGCGGGGCGCCGCUCCCGGAGGAGCCCGCGCCGGCGCGCCGGCCGAAGCUCACGCCCGCGCCCUCGCCC